AUGGGCGCAGCGCUUCGCUCAGUUGGUGCAAUCGGUCCAUCAGUUGGCCCGCAGCUCAUUGCCGGCGACGAUGCAACGCGAUUUCUUGUUGUCCGGCAUCCUCUUUUCAGAUUCUACUCGGGCUUCAGACAAAAGUUCAAAAAAGCCGAUCCUCUUCAUUUCAAGCUCUUGAAAAAAUCUGGCUAUCUCCGCGAGCGAAACCAGGCUCAUGAAGAAAGUACUGAUGAUGAUAUGACAAUUACUUUCGCUGAUUUCGGGCAUUUUAUUGGCUCGAUGAUUCCAAAAUCGUCAACUUUCAAUUCUCAUUUCAGACCUCAGUUUCAUGCUUGUCAAGCCUGUAAUUACAAAUACGACAACAUCAUAAAAACUGAAUUUAUGAACGAAGAAGCCAACUAUGUCCUCCGAAAAGCAGGGUACGACAUCAAGCCCUGGGAAGGCUUUGUCCAACGAGGCUCAACUCUCGGCGGCAUUUCGAAAGAAAUAAGAAGUGAUAAACUAAAAGAGCAGCUGAGUGCACUCAGCCGCGAAGAUUUAACUGGUCUAGUCAAAAGAUAUGAAAUGGACCUCGAAGCAUUUGGAUACACAGUUGAUAUUGAAAACAAUCUUCUUGGCGGAUGGGACGAUUGA